AUGUUUUAUAGCUGUUUUAAUCCUAUUCUCAGCAUUCUUGAACUCAUGGAUGCAUACCAGCGACCGUACAAGUAUGGGAAAGCUGCAUUGUCAUCACCCCUCACACGCAUUGCAGCCAAUCAGCGACGGCGAUUGACCCCAAUCCCCCUGACAGCAAUAUGGGAAUACCUGACAGAUUUGAUCUCAAUACCCUUGACAUCUGGUCAAACUACAUCCUUAAAACAACCCUCCACCUUUUGGGUCAUUCCGCCCUCGUCCCGUCCCCGACCAUCCCCACCAAAUCGUCUCAUCAUGAAUGCGGCAUUCCUCCCACCCGCCACUCUUGUCUCCCGCCGUCCCACCCUUGUCCGCCCAUGCUCCCGCCUUACGAUCCCACUGCCCCGCCCCUCUUCCCUCACCAUGUCCGCCUCCGCCCCACUUAAGCCUCUGCGCAACCUCGCUCUCCUCGCCACCGCCGCCAUCGCCCUCCGCCUUCCCACCCCCGCCGCCGCCGCCGCGCCGCCCCUCCCCCCUACAGCUUCCAUUUCAACCCCCCUCACUACCCAUAACUUAGCUCGCCCCUCUAAUCUUGCCACCGCCAUCUGCGCCCGCCCUGCCGGCGCCUCCGUCGUCCCCCUGGCCACUGUCACCAGCUCCGUGUCCGUCACCGACCGCAUCGCCUUUUGGGCCGGCGAGUUCCUCAUGUGGAACCCCGCCGCUCGCGUCAUCGCCCUACUCGGUGUCACCCUCGUUUGCAUGUACUUAGGUUCCUUCCUCUACAAGUUUGCUGACCCGAAACGCACGGAAGCUGCUUCCCCCUUCUGGCAUUCUGUGCGAGCCAUCGCUAAUCCGCUCGAGGACGACUGGGACAACAAUCUGCUGCGCACAACUUCUAUCGUCCUCGCGGGUGUGGGCAUGAUCGUGUUUGCCAUCAUGGUGGGCAUGGUUACCGAGAGCGUUGAAUCGGCCGUACAGAACGUCGACGGGGAAAUGUCGCCCGUUAUCUUGAGCAAUCACGUGCUUGUGUGUGGGUGGAGCCCACACGUAUCGGAGAUUCUUCGGGACGUGAACAGGGUACAGCAUCUCAAGGUUGUCGUGCUGGCCAAUCCGGACCAGAAAGAUGAAAUGAAAGACAAUUUGCGCGCUUCCUUCAGCCCAGAGGACCGGAAGAAGAUGCGCAUCAUUUAUCGCCCAGGAGCGCCUAUUGUGCAGGAGGAUUUGGAUCGCGUGGGCGCCAACCGUGCGAGCAAGAUCCUUAUCGUCAACAAUCGUCAGGGCAGCUCUGUUGACGCGGAUCGCAAGGUGCUGUCCAGAGCGCUUGCGCUCCGAAAGAAUUUGCCAGACUUUAACGGCGACAUCAUCGCAGAGAUUCACAACGUCCGCGAUGAAGGUAUUCUCAGAUCCAUUUUAUCCUCUACAAAAGCACGUUCAGUCGAGACUGUCAAUGCGGAUCAAUUAUUGUUCCGUUUCAUGGCUCAGGCUAUUCGCCAACCGGGCUUAGCCGAUGUUGUCGCUACUCUCAUGGGAGAGAAUCCAUCCCAUAUCUUCCACGUGAAAGCCGCAGCUGAUGCCGCUCCGCAGCUCGUGGGGUCGAGCUAUUCAGAUCUUCGACCCUCUUCUGUCCCAGGCUCCAUUCUUUGCGGUGUUUUCGACAAUUCUGGCAAUGUUCAGGUGGGUAUCAGUCAAGCAGGCCGUUCGGAGAGCGACAAGCUGAAGCCCGAUACUAAACUAUUGCUUCUGGGCACAAGCGAGAAACCAGGUACCACUGAGAGCGAUGUCGUACACUUCUCUCCCUCGACGACCUCUAGAAUGCUCAAAUACGGAGAGCGACUUACUAGGUCGGAGAAGCGAGAAGCAGAGUCGUAUCUCAUAUGUGGUUGGCGCGAUGACAUGCAGGAUAUGCUUGUCGAAUUGGAUGGGAUAUUACCGUCAGGUUCUCACAUUACCAUUCUCGAUGAAGACACGCCAGAUGUUAUCCCGAAGAAGUUCGACAAUUUAUCCAUCACUUGCCUCAAGAAGCGUCCUGACCUGUUCGAGAACUUGGAGAGUGUGCUUGCGGCGAAAGCAAAACCUUUCGACCACGUCGUUCUUCUCGGGUCUGUUUUCGGCGAUGACGACGCCCCGACGCUGACAGUUAACUAUGAUGAAGACAGCAGAACCUUAGCGAGUUUGGUGUAUGUCAAUGACCUCUUGCAAAAGCAGCAUGAACAUGCCGUCUCGAAGAACCAUGAUCCGAAGUCGACGGUAGUAACAGUCGAAUUCGCUAGCGAAAGAGUGGCCUCAAUGGCAAAAGAACAGCAAAAUGUUACAACAGCGAUUCUGCCGCAAAAUUUGAGCUCGAAAAUUGCUGCACAAACUGUUCGAGAAAGCCGCCUCAACCCGGUGUGGCGAGAGCUAUUGUCGCAAGCUGGACGGGAGGUUUAUCUGCGUCCUUGCGGAAUUUACAAAAACAUGCCCAAGGAACCGACGGCGUUUGCGGCAGUUACUGACAAGCUGGCAAAGACAGAUGGUGACAUCGUCAUCGGAUUUGUGUCGAAGGACGGCCGUGUUGUAAUCAACCCCCAACAAGCGAACCGUUUCAAAAAUCGCCUCUGGGACAAGCAAGAUAUGCUCAUCCCUCGGCGUGGAGAUCCCAAUAGAUAA